GCGGGUCAACCGCCACUGCUAUUGUUUGUUUACACCCCAGUAAAACCUCCUACCUUUCCUAGGAACUCGUGCUUUUCGUCUAGCCGCUAUUAUACCUAUUGUGCCCUAACAGCAAACGACCGAUAGAGGUAACGCGACGCGCAAAGUUCUUGCCAUCGCCUCUCCCACCGACCACCGCCACCGCCGUUAACGCGUAUAUACCUGCAACCGCCAUUCUCGUCGACGCAAUACCCCGAGAUACUUUCCACAAUGAAAGGCCUGAAGCGACCAGUCGACUAUCUAGACGAAGAUGAAGAUGAAGAUGAAGACCAAGACCUCGAAACCGAACACUACGACAGUUAUAGCGCCUUCAUCAUCGCCUCAGCGCCGCGCGUCAUUGGGCGACACCGUCACCGACUCAGGCACUGGCGUGGGCCAUCGGCUACCAAAGGACAGGACGGCCAAAAGAAGGCGGAAUUCAACAUCUUCAAAGCGAUUGUGCGCCAUCCCAAUAUUUUCUUCCAGUUUGCCAUGCGCCUGUCGCCAGACACAAUGAUGGAUCUGUAUGCCAUUGACAAGGAGUUUCACUGGCGCCUCAACAAAUACAGCACAUCCAUCAUCCACGACCACGCGAGGUACCACGCCCCAGACGCCACCGACAUCUUCACUUGGGACCAAUUCUCCCGGUUAUGUAUCAGCGACCCAACACUCAAGCCCAUGGACGGACGCCCGCAUUUGGCACGAGACGCGCCUUCUCUCCGCUGGACAAAAAUGGUUUUUUUUCGCGACGCCGUUGUUAGGGAGAUCCUUACACUCCUCGCCGCUGAAGGACACCGCUUCCCACGCGCCGUGAAAAGAGUGCUUAUGAAAUACUGGGUCCUAAUGGAAGUCCAGCACCAAAAGGAAAGAGAGGCCUUCGUCAUGGCCAGGGCGCCGCAUUACUGGACCGACGUCGACAUCUACCUCUUCCAGAUGUUCCUCGUUAAGCUGGACUUGCACUUCUCGCAUCCAAUUCAUGGGAGGGGUAUAUGCGGACUAGGACACUUGCUUUUAACCCAGAAGUCGCUAACGACGCUAAGAGACCUGCUGAACGGCAGCUUUACCAUCUGCUACGAUCGGCUUGCCGAAAUUGUCCUUCGAACAUACCCAAAUGAGAUGAUGAAUCUCGAUGAUCAUCCAUGGUUGGCCCCAGGGGAAGAUAACCCUUUGCCUGAAUCCGAGUUGGGGCUUCUGUCCCACGAGGAGUGGGAUAAUACGAAGCCGCAUAUGGACUCUGGUGUAGACCAUGUCAUUCGGGAGGGCAUUAGGAGGGGUUUGGACGUGCAGAGGUACUACCUUGAUUUCGCUCUCUACGGGUAUGUAGAUAGGAAGACUAGGAAGAACAUUCCAUUCGCGAGGUUGUAUCGGGGAAGAAGGGACAUGGUUGUUGCAGAAGACGGAUGGCCGACUGAGGAAGAGGAGAACGCGCAGGUGCGGAAGUUGAAUGAGCGGUUUCUGGGGGAGUCGAAUCAUGAUGAGGAGGCACCAGUGCUGUAAUAUAUUCCACUUCGGAGCAUCCGAAUGUAUAUAAAGUCCUGUUUCUAUUAGGAACUCUCUGUUCCAACUGGAUAUCUGACGCCAAUGUGAGUUGAUAUGAGUCCAAGUAAUGCGGGAAUUCAUUCAAUAGUUUUGCAAUUGCAUGUUCAAAUGGAUUUCGAGGUACCUCGAUCCAACACUUUUGAAGAUGCCCUACGCGUCUCUUGUACCGGUCACAACAUUAUAUGUCAAAGAAACUGUU